ACGGCACUCACUCAUAUGUCCUCAACAGACAGCACUCUGACCUGCUCUGGCCGGUAGACCACUAUCUCCCCACCUGACCAAUACCCAUGCACAAUGGCGCCGUCAUACCCCUCAGCCGAGAGCGACUCGUACGUCUCAUUGGAAGAAUCCGCCCGCCACACCGUCUUGGGCUUGCUCAUGGUGAUCUCCGCCGUAACCAUGCAUCCCUUCUGCUUGGCCUUGCGCUCGGUCUCGUUCUGCCGGAUAGCGAAGUAGAUGCCGCACCCAGCGGCCCCCGACGCACUGGGCUGCAUGACGCCCGACUGCUUGAUCUGCAGGCCGCGCUCGGUAGAGGUCUGAUGGUAGCCAAUGCAGCGGCCGGCGGUACAGAUGGCUCUCAGGGUGGGGCAGUUGCUGGCGCGAUGGUCGCUGUCUUUGGUGCGGCAGACUCGGCAGUAGUGCUGGGAGUGGUCCUGAAGCAAUAAAAGCAGCACACGGGAGGUCGGUGUGGCGCUGUUUUGGUCAUCUGUCUGCACCAAUGCGUACCUCUGUGCAACCAGUAGCCUGUCAGACACACGGAAACACACACACCGACCGACCGACCGACCGACCGACAGACAGACAGAGGAGUGAGGGAGAUGCCGAUACGCGCCCGUCUAUCUAUCAGAUCUCUCACCCUGCAGCGCGGCAUGGUCCUCAGUCAGUCGUCAGGAACCUCCACGCGAGCAUCUUUCCCCUUUAGGAAUACAGAGGAGUGCAGGAAUACCAUCCGGUGACGUCGUCUGAAAAAACGCACACACAAGCACAUAGAGGGCGGCGUGUGGAGGGGAGUGGGGAUCAUGAGCUGCUGUU